AUGACUUUGAAAGAGCUCUGGGCAGUGAGAGAUGGCAACGAGUUUAAAGAAAAUAUAGGAGUAAUAAGAUGUCCUUUUCAGGGUUGUAAUGCCAGAGUGAUACUGCUUUCGAAUACUUUAAUUUCUCAACAGUUUACAGUUGAUAACGGUCCAGAAAUGGUUAUAUUGUCAAGGGAUGACGAUUCCAACUGCUUCUUUAAACUUGAAGAUAUGUGGGAUUUCGAUAACAUUGGGGUUACACGAUCAUCCGAGGACUUGCCUGAACCUUUGAUACAGAGAAACGAUGAAAUAUUAGACUUCAAGGUUGACAGGUUGCUUGUUUGCAGUGAAUGCGACAAGGGGCCGAUAGGGUUCGCUGGAUAUCAGAAUGGGGAGAGAGAUGUCAAGAAUUUAAAGGCAUUCUUGUCUUGUAAAAGUGUUUUAUAUGACGUAUGA